GUGAUAAUUGUUUCUGAACCGAACAGCUAUGCGGUCAAUUAAUUUCGGUACCCUUAACAAAACCGAACCGGCGUUUAACCGGAACCAAAUUGGCAUUUUAGAAGAGCGUUUAAAGAGUGAUAGGACUCAGACUUGACCGGAGUGGACUCAAUCGGCGAAUCUGACUCGGACGCGGCGGAGUGAUGGAAGAGCUUCCGAUCGAAACAGUGAGUCAGCGCGAGUAGUUUCUGGUGGAGAACGAUGUGUUCGGGAUCUUUGGAUACUUCGACGCCAGCGAUAUUUCUACUCAGGAAUACAUGUUGAAUCAUACUGAUCACUUGGAUCUAGUCGGAUAAGAUGAAUCAGAUACACUUGUGGAUUAGAAAAUUCUCACUAGUUAUGAUCAGUAAAAUCGAACUCUCAGCUUAACAAGGCCAGAUCUCUCGAAUAAGUCGGAGAUUCUCACGCCGAUUACAACAAACCUCCUAAGGAACAGAGAAAGAAGGAUAGCAACAAUAUAUGCUAAUUUAUCAGGUCCAAUAAUAGAUUUGUUGUUGCUCUCAACGGGACUGUAACGUCAUUGUACUCAAGGGGACUGUAACGUCAUUGUAACGUCAUUGCUCUCAAGGAUUUGCUGAUAGUCUCCAGCACAAGUCUGACCAGGCUAAUUUAAUCUCAGUGAAGGAGGCUGCCAUAAGAAAAAAGAAGACGCUCUGUGUUAGCAAUCUCCCUCUCACAACUACUUUAUCAGAUAUCCUCCAUUUCUUCAAAGAUGCUGGAGAAGUUGUUCGUGUUCGAACUAUCCCGCAAGUUGGCUAAGAAGUUGUGCUUUGGCCGUGUUGACUUUGCAUCUGCCAACGAAGCAAAGAAGGCGCUGGAAAAGAAGAAUGGUGAAUAUUUGCACGACUAUCAGAUAUUUCUUAGAGAGGAUUAUAACGCUCCAUACCCUUUCCGACCCAAAUAUUGCAUGGAACACAAGGUCUGGAACCUUCGACAAGAAAGCCUUCCGAUAGAAGAAGAUGGCACACCUCCCGAUUUUGUUGAGGAAGUACUCUUUGUUGCCAAUCUCUCUCCCCAGACUAAAAUAUUGCAUAUCAAAGACUUCUUCAAAAAUGUUGGAGAAGUUGUUCGUGUUAGACUUAUUGUAAACCACGAGGGUAAGCAUGUGGGUUAUGGCUUUGUUGACUUCGCUUCUGCUAACGAAGCAAAGAAGGCGCCGGAAACGAAGAAUGGUGAAUAUUUGCACGAUCAUAAGAUCUUUCUUGAAGUGGCUAAGACAGCUCCAGACCCUCCACGACCCAAGUACAACCUUGCAGAGAAGCUUUGUUACGAAGACUAUCUUCGACGACAAAACCUUGUGAUAGAAGAGGACGUGGCAGUGGAAGGACUUGACGAAUCUCCCAAUUUUGUUGAGGCAGUUGCUGUAAGAAAAUAGACGCUCUUUGUUUCUGGUCUCUCUCGCGAAUCUGAUAUAUCACAUAUCAUCAAUUUCUUCAUAGAUGUUGGAGAAGUUGUUCAUGUUCGACUUAUUGUAGACGACACGGGCGAGCAUGUGGGUGAUGGCUUUGUUGAGUUUGCUUCUUCUCACGAAGCAGAGAAGGUGAGAGUAGUUUAUAGUAAUGAUUAAAAGUAUUUAAGUAGUCAUAUGAAAAAUAUACAAGUAAGUUAUUAUCACAGCAUCGAUUUCUUCAAAGAUGUUGGAGAAGUUGUUUGUUCUCGACUUAUUGUAGACCACAAUGGUGAGCAUGUGGGCUGUGGCUUUGUUGAAUUUGCUUCUGCUAACGAAGCAGAGAUGGCGCUGGAAAAGAAUGGUUUCAAAUUGCAGGAUAAUAAGUUUUUUCUUGACGUGGCUGAGAUUGCUCCAUACCCUCUCCGACCCAAGUACAACCUUGCAGAGAAGCUUUGGUCGAAGGUAGAAAGCCUUCUGAUAAAAAAAGAAAAAGAAGAAGGAGAAGAAGAAGAUGAUGAAGAUGAUUUGGAGACCAAACCGAAUCUGAAGAAACAUGAGGUACCUAUGAUGGGUGGAUACUGCAGUAAGAAGAUUAUUUUCUGUUUCAACGACUUAUAGAAGAAGAUGAAGCUCUUUGGUGUUUCUAACUGGUGUGAUACAAUGCAACUUUUUUUUUUUUUUUUACUACUUCGUUAAAUCAUAAUCUGCCUUCAUUAUUACCUAAUAAUAAAGAGCUGUUUGAACUAAUUUGGUUGACGAAACCAUUAUCUCCCGAGGGACAGAAAUUUGAUUUGCGAAACCAUUAGUCGCAAUUUUAUUUGGGUUGA